AUGGGGCUGAACAAGGAUUCUCAGCUUGGCUUUCAGAGAAGCAGGAAGGAUCAAACUAAAGGCUAUGAGUAUGUCUUGGAACCGUCUCCCAUUCCAUUACCACUGGACACUCCCCAGGAGACUCGGAUCUUGCAGGUGGCUUGUGGGAGAGCUCAUUCCCUCAUCCUGACGGACAAGGAAGGAGUCUUCAGCAUGGGCAACAAUUCCUAUGGGCAGUGCGGCCGAAAAGUUACCGAAGGUGAAAUUUACAGUGAGAGCCAUCUAAUUCACCGACUGCAAAAGUUUAAAGGCAGGGUUGCGCAGAUUGUCUGUGGGCAGGAUCACAGUCUGUUCAGGACUGAGAGAGGCGAGGUUUACUCCUGUGGAUGGGGAGCUGAUGGACAAACAGGUCUUGGCCAUUACAAUAUCACCAGUGUGCCCACCAAAUUAGGCGGAGAUAUUACUGGAGUAAAUAUCGUACACGUUGCCACCUAUGGGGACAGCUGUCUGGCUGUAUCUGAUGAAGGAGACCUCUUUGGGUGGGGAAACUCUGAAUACAUGCAGCUGGCUUCCAUCACAGAGACAACACAGGUGAAUGUUCCAAGGCACUUACCAUUCAAGAUUGGGAAGAUAAAGGAUGCUGCAUGUGGAGGGACAGGCAAUGCUGUUGUAAAUGAAGAAGGAAAUGUCUUUGUCUGGGGAUAUGGAAUUCUUGGGAAAGGACCAAACCUGAUGGAAACAGCAACUCCAGAAAUGAUCCCACCCACCCUCUUUGGCUUGUCAGACUUCAGUCCGGACACCCGCGUUUCUCGCAUUCGCUGUGGACUCAGCCAGUUUGCUGCACUUAACAACAGAGGAGAGCUGUUUAUGUGGGGCAAGAAUAUAAGGGGGUGCUUGGGGAUUGGAAGAAUGGAAGACCAGUAUUUCCCAUGGAGGGUGACAAUCCCAGGCGAGGUAGUUGAUGUGGCUUGUGGAGUUGAUCAUAUGGUAACUCUGGUUAAAUCAUUUAUCUAGCAGCCGUGCUGUACCUCAGCUAUGCAUGGGGAAUGGCUGGUAAGAGAUGAACCCACGAUCACUCUUUCAUUAAGAAGAACCCUUUGUGCUCAUGUUCAGUAGUAUAAUACUGCACACACUCAGCACGUGAAGAACUUCUGCGAUGCUUGGAACCUUGUUAACUGUUUCUUCAUGUCCAGAGCCUCCAGUUACUCUUUCGGAGAGAGCCUUGCAUUCCUCCCGUAGGGAUGGUGAAGAGCUGAGCAGAUCAAACAUUUUUAAUUAGCUGCUAGGAAUGGUCCAACCGCCCUGCUGCCAAGCCCCCAGGCAGCAAUGCUCUGCUAAUGUGUAAGGAUUAAGACAAGAAGGGGAGUUGUUUUAUGACCAUUUUACUGUGUUCCUCCAUGAGGAAAUUACAGUACAUAGUAUUAUGUGCACUUACUCAUACAGAUGGCAGUAGAGCUGUAAACGGGUAUGCAUCACUGCUGUCACUUUCAGGGGGUGAUGGCCUUAGCCAACCAUGUUUCCUAAAGGAAAAGUCAUCUUAUGGGAUG